AAUUGAAAUAUCUGUACGUUUGGUGUCUUUGACUUACUUGAUCCCUGCCGAAGGUACUUGGGGUCAGAUACGUAGUUAGAAGUAAGAGGUGGAUGAAAUGCUUUCGAUAAGACUGAUUUCGAAGCGUUUGCAGCCGUCUUUGUCGGCGAUGAGUCAAUUGCAGUACAGUAAUGGCAGUGGUCAGUUGGGUGACCUGGGCAGUGGUGCCGGAAAGGGUGGUGGUGGUGGAGGUGCUAUCAGGGAAGCUGGAGGAGCUUUUGGAAAGAGGGAAGCAGCCAAGGAAGAAGAAUAUUUCUAUAGGAAGCAAAAAGAACAGCUCACAAAAUUAAAAUCAGACCUUGAGGAUGAGAUAAGUUUCCACGAAGAACAAAUAAAGCGUCAUCAGGAGGCAAUUAGACGCCACAAGAAGAGGGUUGAGGGAAUUGAUGACAAUUAGCAAACCUCUAGCAAAUGCUUGGCUAGCUGGAAUGGAUAUUUUGGAGUUUUUACUCAUUAGUAAGCCUCAUCAAAAGUACAGAUUUUUAUGUACUUAUUAAUUUUACUUGGCAGCAGUGUGGCGCCAUAGCUAUAUUGUAAUGUACAGUUGUGAUGUUAAACUUUGAAUGGUAUAUACUCAUUACUGACUGACUACAAUAACUAAUUAAAUGUUGAAUGAUACACUG